AUGAGAAGCCUUCUACUGAGUGUGCUCUUCCCGGUUCUCAUCUCUGCGGGGACAUCAGAACCACAAUAUGCAUUUUACAUUCCUGCAAAGCUGAACAGCGGAGAGAUUGAAAAAGCCUGUAUGAACCUCCAAGGUUACGAGCAAACCCUACAGCUCAAUGUGGUACUUCAGUACAGCGGGAUUAACUCCACUAUAUUUUCUGAGAAUGUCUCCCCUCCUACAUACUUCCAAUGUAACAACUUCCAGAUCCCAGUAGUACGAGGUGAUGUUCCAGCCUUUGUAUUGCUCUCUGUCUCCGGAGAAGAUGUGCAGGUAUUACAGAGAUAUUCUGUGGUCAUCACUGAGGUCAACAACAUCUACCUGGUCCAAAUGGAUAAACCAAUCUACAAACCUGGACAGAAAGUGCUGUUUAAUCUGGUUUCACUAAAUCAGCAGCUGCUUCCUGUUAAUGCAACGUAUUCUCUGGUUUAUCUGAUGGAUCCAUCAGGGAGUCGCUUAGUCCAAUGGUUGGAUCAGAAGUCACAAAGCGGUCUUGUAUCGUUAGAAUUCUCUCUGGUGGAUGACGCCGUUUCUGGAUCUUACGUUAUAACGGCUGAGAUAGCGCCUAACGCUGCUGUGAGUCAGUGGUUUAGUGUGGAUAAAUAUGUGCUGCCCAGAUUUGAUGUGAAUUUGGAAGCUCCGACCACUUUAUCCAUUCUGGAUGAGACUCUACAUUUUAAUAUCUGUGCAGAGUAUACGUAUGGAGAACCAGUGCCUGGAGCGGUGGCAGUGAAAUUCUGCAGACAGCCCACUUAUGGUCUAUUAAAUAAUUGCUUCAAGGACAAAAAUGGCGCCUGCUUUUAUAAGACAGCACAGUUGGCCUCAGAUGGCACCUACCAGGGGGAAAUUGACCUGACCUCCAUCCAGAUGGAUCUCUCUGGAGCCCAAACCAAUCUUAAUUUAUCUGUAACAGUUACGGAGAAUGGAACAGGGAUCCAAGUCACAAAGACUCAGUAUCUGUGGGUGACCAGCCAACUUGCCAGCAUCAGUUUCAAUUAUGAGCAUAUGAACCAGUUUUAUAAAAGAGGGCUCCCAUAUUCUGUCAUGGUUUUACUUACGGAUGAGAAGGGCCUCCCGAUAGCAGGUGAAGAGGUGCAGCUCAAUAUUGAUGGUGUUUGGGGCACUCAGACUGUAAUAACUGGCUUGGACGGAUCAGCAAGAUACGAGAUAGACACCUCUAACUUCCUAGAACCCAACUUUACAAUCAGGGCCAGUUACCUGAAUACAGAGCAGUGCUAUUACAGUAGGUGGCAAGGUCCUGACUAUCCAACCACUGAAUACACUGUCUUUCGCUUCUAUUCGGAGACCGGAAGCUUCCUGCAGAUCAUUCCUCUUCAGGGCACCCUACAAUGUGGUCAGAAGCAGAAGAUUGAGGUUCAGUUCCUUCUGAGCGCUGAUGGGGUUGGUGUUGGGGCUACUAAAGCCACGUUCUAUUAUCUCACUAUGUCAAGAUCACGGAUAGUUCAGUCUGGACAGCAAGAUGUUGAGCUCAGUCCGGCUAUGAAUGGGACUCUCUCUUUUGACCUCCCAAUAACUUCAGAAAUCGCCUUCAGGACGGACCUCAUUGUGUACAGCCUUCUACAAACAGAGCUCAUUGCAGACACCAGGUCAUUGAAUAUUGAAAGCUGCUUCAAAAAUGAGGUAUCGCUAAGUUUCUCUAAAGAAAUUGGACCUCCAGCCUCCAAUGUUGACCUACAGAUAUCGGCAUCUCCAGGAUCUCUGUGUGCAGUCAAAGUGAUUGACUCCAGUAUACUUCUUCUCCAACCAGACACAAGGAUGACACCUGAAGCAGUAUAUUCCUCACUGCAGAACUGGUUCUCAGGAUAUUUUAUUGGACAAUUCAAUGUUGAGGAGCCGGGACCCCCCUGUCAGGAUCCCAACAAACAGAUAUUUUAUAAUGGAAAUUAUUAUGUUCCUGUGAGUAGUGAUUCUGAUGGAGAUACAUAUAAUUACCUGAAGAAUAUAGGCUUAAUUGUGGGGACAGACGUGACUGUGAGAAAGCCUGAGGUGUGCAGCCUGAAAAACUAUAUCUAUCCACAAGGAAUAUUUCCAAAGGCUGAAGAGAUGGCGCAGCAUGCCCCUGCUCCCUAUAUGGCUAGUACAUUGGGAGGAUCUAAAACAAUUGAAACAGUUAGAGGAAACUUUUCGGACACCUGGGUGUGGACAAUGGUAACGGCUGAUUCACAAGGCCAUGGCAAUAUAUCUCAGACAGUUCCUGAUACCAUCACUGAGUGGGAGGGCUCCAUGAUCUGCACGUCUGAAACGGACGGGUUUGGGAUGACGAAGAGUCCGUCAGAGUUCACCACAUUCCUCCCAUUCUUCGUAGAGGUGUCUCUACCUUAUUCCUUCAUUCGAGGAGAAUUGCUUGUCCUGAGUGCCUUUGUGUCCAACUAUCUGGAGCAAUGUGUGAAGAUCCUAGUAAGUUUGUCGAAGUCUGAUGAUUAUCAAGCUGCACUGCAAGAGGGAGAACAGAAUGCAUGCAUCUGCUCAGAAGAGAGAGCCUCCUAUAUCUGGAACAUAAAUGCGACCUCAUUAGGGGUUAUCAAUUUUACUGUUUCGGCGGAGACUACCUACAUUGGUCAAACAUGUGAUGGAACCAAUGAUCCUUCUCAGCCCCCCCGCAAGGAUACUGUGAUACAGACCAUUAUUGUCGAGGCUGAGGGGAUUAAAAAAGAAGUCACCUCUAGUAAUCUCAUCUGCCAAACACCUGAAAAUAGUUCAUCUCCACUGAAAUUAAUUCAACCGCCCAAUGUGGUACCUGGUUCAAUAUCAGCAUUUAUUACAUUUCUGGGAGAUAUUAUAGGUCUUCCCCUGCAGAACCUUCAGAACCUGCUCCAGAUGCCUUUUGGAUGUGGAGAACAGAAUCUUGUGCGCCUAGCUCCCAUACCUCAUCUUCUAGAUUAUCUGAACGCCACGGGCCAACUUACAGAAGAGAUUGUCCAGAAAGGGAUUCAGUUCAUGAACACUGGUUAUUACCGAGAGCUCAGAUACAAACUAUCGUCUGGAGCUUAUAGUUUAUUUGGAGGCUUCGGGAGUGAAGAAAACUCAUGGUUGACAGCUUAUGUCUUCAAGACUUUUGAAAAAUGCAAGCAAUACAUUUACAUUGAUGAGAGAAUUCAGCAGCAAACACUCAUCUGGCUGGGAAACAACCAGCAACUGGACAGCGGCUGCUUCAGAGCCAUUGGUGACUCCUUCAUGAAAAUGAAAAAAGGAGCAGAUGAAGAUCUCAUCUACACGGCCUUCCUUGCCAUCACUCUCUUGGAGUCUAAUUACAGUCUUGGGAUGACCUUGUUGGACAGUACCUUGACCUGCCUACAGAACGCCCUUAAGACCGAACAAAGUUUAUCCAACCAGGUCCUCAUGGUCUACACCUUUACACUGGCUAAGGAUUGGGACAGGAGGUAUAGUCUUCUCAAGUCACUAAAAUCUAAGGCCAUCUCAGAAGGAGGGAUGAUUCAUUGGGAACGUGAAGACAAACCUGAAGUACGACCUAUUGGCCUUUUCUACCCUCUGUAUUCUGCCGCUGAAGUGGAAAUCACUGCAUAUAUAUUACUGAGCAUUGCCAUCGGACCCAAUAUCACCCAAGAUGAACUGACGUACAUGGCACAGAUCUCAGUUUGGCUGAUUAGGCAACAAAAUUCAUAUGGGGGAUUUCAUUCCACCCUGGACACUGUGGUGGCUCUUAAAGCUCUUUCUGCAUUUGCCAAAUUGAUUUUUAACCCCAAUGCUGAGCACAUUAUACAACUGAAUGGACAAAAUCAGCAAAGCUCGGAGAUAAAGCUGAAUAAGGACAACAGACUCCUGGUCCAGAGACAAUCGCUCAUUGUUCCUGGUGAUUACAGCAUCAGCAUCACAGGGAUAGGCUGCUGUCUUAUACAGACCACUCUUCAGUACAACGUCCCUGUUCCCCAGGAGAACUCCGCUUUCCAUCUCUCGGUAAACACGUCUUCUAUGAGCUGUGUGAACGGAGUGGCCUACACCUUUACUAUUGGCAUCAGUGUCAGCUAUAGAGGAAAUCGACCUCAAUCCAAUAUGGCGAUCAUAGAUAUUGCAUUGCUCUCGGGAUACCAAGCAGACUACUGGUCUCUUCAAGAGUUGGUGGAAAAAAAAGUGAUUUCCAACAGUGAGACCAAGAACAAUCAUGUGAACCUGUACCUGAAAUCUGUUACCUGUGACACAACUUACCUAUCAUUCAACGUUAUGAUGGGCAAUAGAGUGCUAAAUGUGAAGACUGGCUCCAUCUAUGUGUAUGAUUACUAUGAAACAGCUGACAAUGGUUAUGCAUCGUACCGCCACCCCUGCGCCCAGCAGUAA